CUAGUUCAAUCAUCAGUCACUCAGUUUUCACUGAAACCGCAACAUCGAAGCCUGAGCUACUUUUGCCAUAUCCAAAACCAACACAUCUCACCAUGAACUUUUACAAUAUCUUCGUCUUUGUCGCCCUUAUUCUGGCCAUCAGCCUGGGACAAUCGGAGGCUGGCUGGCUAAAGAAAAUUGGAAAGAAAGUCGAGCGCGUUGGUCAGCACACUCGGGACGCCACAAUCCAGGGUCUGGGAGUCGCUCAACAGGCCGCCAAUGUGGCAGCAACUGCUAAAGGUUGAUAAAGAAUCCCUUAUAGUUAUAAACUACGAUGUCAUAUUUAUUCAAUUCAUUUAAGUAAAUAAAAAAUAACAACAGCCAAAA